GCUUUUCUUGCCCUUCGCAUCCGACGUGGAAUCAAAACGGGACGCACGGCGAGAGAGAAAAAAAAGAACACAAACCACAGCCAAGAUUGUUGAAACGCGUACAUUCGCCUCUCAUUGCGUCUUUGAAUUCUGCUUGCGCUACACCACCGCGUUACUGAAAACAUCUCAAACCCCGUAAAAGAGUCAACAAAAAAAUGGAUCAAUUGACGAAAUUCUACGAACCCGGCCGCUCGUUCGCCAAGGACUCGAUCCGACUGAUCAAGCGCUGCACCAAGCCGGACCGCCGGGAGUUCCAGAAAAUUGCCAUCGCCACCGCUAUCGGAUUCUGCAUCAUGGGAUUCAUCGGUUUCUUCGUGAAACUGAUACACAUCCCGAUCAAUAACAUCAUCGUCGGAUCAUAAGCAGUGCGUGCGUGUCCGUGUGUGUGUGUGUGUGCCUGUGGCCGUUUCCUUUUUUCCCCUGUCUACGCAUCAUUUCUUCUGUCCAGGCGAGCAAAUCGGUGGCAUCGGUCCCCUCGCCUAAGAUCACAUCCCACUUCGUCGACUGAGAACCCAACCCGUUUCCAUUUUCUGUGUGUCCCACUCUCCCCCUCUUCCCCGUUGCUCUCCGAUACGAUUCCCAGCGAGCUGUCCCCACGAUACUUCACACUCAUCGAAGCCAACUGGUUCCAUCGUGGCACCUACUCGGGCAGCUGAGGAGGGCAGCCAAGGGGAGCUUCCCCGCUGCGUGCUAUUACGGACGGUCCGGGGGAGUUCACGGAACCGUUCUCCCUUGGCCCCCCGUGCUCGCUGCAAUAUGAUAGUGUAAUAAUUCUGUUUUCGUGCGUUAUUAGAAGUAAUCAAACAAUUGCGACCCGCUGCGCCCAUUCAGUAGCAUGCGUCGCGUGAAUAUUUUGUGAAAACAAAUAAAUAAUUUAUUGUUUCACUGAAA